AUGACAUCAGGUACCUUGGGUCUGGUCCUCGUUGUGGAUAUGGAGAAUUGUCGCUUCCAGAAAAUGAACCCUGGUUCGUCAAUUAUGCCAGGAAAAGUCAACCCCACUCAAUGUGAGGCUAUGACCAUGGUGUGUGCUCAGGUUAUGGGUAACCACACCACGGUGACGUUUGCAGGAGCUUCCGGACAAUUUGAGUUGAACGUGUUCAAGCCAGUUAUGGCUAGCAAUGUUCUUUCGUCCAUCAGACUUCUUGGCGAUGGUUGUCGCUCUUUCAAGAUCAACUGUGUGGAUGGAAUAGUUGCUAAUGAGGAAAAGAUUGCCAAGGUUUUGAACGAAUCGUUGAUGCUUGUAACGGCUUUGAACCCCCAAAUCGGCUACGACAACGCUUCCAAGGUCGCCAAGAAUGCUCACAAAAAGGGCCUUACGUUGAAGGAACUGUGCCUAGAGCUUAACAUGCUUACUUCUGAAGAGUUUGAGGAGUGGGUGAGACCAGAGAAGAUGUUGGGACCCAAGGAAAGAUCAUGA